AUGCUUGGAAAAAAUCAUUCGACUCCACCAAUACAAUCCUCCAUUCUCAUCCUCCUCUGCCUUGUCUCCAUCGCUGCGGCUUGUCCAGGACAAUUCGGAAUGAUGGGAGGAGGUGGUGGAUGUGGAUGUUCUGCUCCUCCACCACCUUCUUCGUGUGGAUGUGGAGGAAGAAAGAAGAGAUCCCUUCCAGAGAAACCAACAUUCUUUGGAAUCGCUGCGGGAGAUGACAAUAUGAUGUGCAACGAUCCAGAGUUAAAGAAGAUCAUUUUGGAGAACAUGCAAUCAACAUCUGUGGACUCUUCAAAAGCAGUCAACGGAGCAUUGGAAGCCAAGCAGCUUAAUAGAUUUGUUGUGGUGUGCUCUGAGAACGGAUUUGUGUUCACCGUCCGUGCUGAUACAGCCUACUGUGGUGCCAGAAAGAAUGAACAUAAUUGUCAUGCCUUUUCGAUGUAA